AUGGACAUAGAGAGUGAGGAUUCCGACGAGUGCGCAAGAGUCGGUCCAGAUGAAUCACGGCCUAGGUUCACGAUCGGGGAUAACAAUAAUAUGGAUUCAUCAAAUGAAACAAUUAUGUUUGAUGGCAAGUUAAUGAAAACUUCGACUCAGGCUGAUGAUUUGGCCGCCACGUGGGGUGGGAGAUGCUCUUUACCUGAUUCAGGAAGAUUAAGAAGGACUCACUCGUGGUCGGGAGAACCACCGGAUGAUGGGACAUCGAAGAUAAGGAUUCUAAGGGAACGAUUGGUACGAACCCAGACCAAGGUAAGGCCUGGUGCCAUUCGCCACUUCUCACGCUUACAACGACUGACAUUGUUUUCCUUAGCUCUAGUCGACUUCAUGAGUUUCUGUUCCAUGAGUAUUAUGGCGCCGUUCUUCCCAAAAGAAGCAACUGUGAAGGGAUUGUCCAACACGAUGUGUGGGAUGGUGUUUAGUUUUUAUGCAGUUAUCAUGUUUCUUACGUCGCCGUUCUUUGGAAAAUAUCUGCCGACCAUUGGCGUGAAAUUCAUGUUUACAGCGGGUUUGUUUAUGGCUGGCGCAUGUAAUGUUUUGUUUGGAACCUUGGCCCUUAUAGAAGACACGACGGUAUUUCUAGUGCUAUGCUUCAUUGUACGCGGCUUAGAAGCCCUCGGCGCAAGCGCAUAUUCAACAGCCAGUUAUGUAUACGUCGUUAAUGUGUUUCCCGAUACGAUUGGAUCUGUCUUGGGUAUCCUGGAAACAUUUGUUGGACUUGGCAUGUCUGUCGGCCCAGCUAUUGGAGGCUUGUUGUAUUCGAUCGGGGGAUUUGGCUUACCAUUUUACAGUCUCGGAAUAGUAAUGGUUUUAACUGUGCCGAUAAACAUGAUAUUCCUUCCAGAUUGUGAAGAAUACAUGUCUGGUUCCAAACCGGCGUCUAUACUGCAGCUGUUCAAAAUUCCAUCCAUAAUAAUAACUGGUCUAGUGAUUGUUAUCGUGUCCAAUACGUGGGCGUUUCUGGACCCAACUCUAGAGCCUCACUUAAGACAAUUCUCGCUUUCCACUGAGCAGAUUGGACUUAUAUUCCUACUGCUGUCCAGUUUGUAUGGAGUUUUUAGUCCAAUUUGGGGUUGGGUGGCUGAUCGGGUUCAUAACCAUUGGUGCAUGAUGGUAUGGGGUUUAUUUCUCUCGACGAUUGGGCUGCUUCUACUUGGACCAUCUCCGUACAUCCCUGGUCUGCCACCAGAUCUAUGGCUCGAUCUUGUUGCAUUAUCAAUAUUGGGAAUGUCCGUGGCGCUAACGCUAUUGCCCACGUUUCAAGGAGUCCUAACAAGUUCUAUUUACGAGGGCGGCUGUCCAGAAGCAAUCGCUACUUACAGCGCAGUAGCAGGUGUCUGGUCGUGUUGCUAUUCCCUCGGUGAGGUCCUGGGCCCCGCAGUUGGAGGGGCCCUAGCAGAAACAUACGGUUUUCCUUUCUGCGCAACGCUUUGCGCUGCUGCCUGUUUUACUAUGGGCGUUGUAACCCUUGCAUUCUUUUCUCUACGAGAGUCGUCCAAAUGGAUUGACGAGGACACUUUAUCGGACUCUAUCCCGUACUCGGACACAACGUGGAACAGCAAUAACUUCUGCAGGACAGCAAGCGCGCCAGCCAGUCAAAUGGCUGACAAUUCCCCUCUAUUAACAUCGAAUACCUGUACUUAUAAAAAUGGCUCUCACAACUACGGCGCUACAUCGCACAAAAUAUGUCUACAACACAAUAAAAACAGAAAAAGUGGGUCAGCGAGCGUCACUGAAACGCUAGAAUAUAUACUCAAAUUUCAGUACUUAACAAAUAUUUAUGUAAAAAUAUGGAAGCUUAAAAAUAGACACAGAAACGGAACGUUAAAAAGCGAGGAGCUAUAUCAGAAUUACAUGAACGAUGAAGAGAAAAUAAUCAGAAAUGAAAAGAAAGAGGAACCUAAUGUUAGCAAAAAUAAGAACGACGGAAAAUUAGGUGACAGUGUGUGUGAAAAUGAAUAUUGCUCGUUUAUAGAUAACGUGAUCUUCGGCCCUGAUUCGCAAAACAACAAUAGCGUAAUAAUGAAACGGAAUAACGCGGGUAUAGUUUCUAAAUUAACGAAUAGCGCCGAUGAGAGACGACCCACCGACGAAAUAAUAAGACACAAUUUGCAGAAAGUCCUAUUCUAUGAACAAAAUAGUCCCUGUACGUCUACUGAAGAUAUUUUUGGUGGAUGUGAAUGUAAAGAUGGUGUAACAUACGUGAGAGGUACAGUCACCGUUUCCUCAACAGGAGCCUGUGAAGUCUAA